AUGACGGCCGCCACCACCAUCACCACCAUCUUCAUCACUCUCUGUCUGAUCUCAGUAAAGGACGACACUGCACUCAAUCUCUUCACUGUGACCAUGACUGAGCUGAGAGCAGAGGAUGCUGGGAAAUACUGGUGUGCAGUGAAAGAUGCGUUUAACCUUCCCAUUGAGCUCAUGAUCAUCACGAAGGACGCGGUCACUCAUGAAGCGUCUGUCGGAGGAUCAGCGUCCAUCAGCUGUAAACACAUCAGGAAUCAAGCACAGGGGUUGUUCUGCAGAGGAGAUCAGCUGAAUAUCUGCGUCAGAGACGGAGUUCAUGUUUCAUCAAAUAACAGAACAAACGGCAGAUUCUCUCUGACUGAAGAAACCUCUGCUGGAGUCUUUACUGUGAAGAUCAGCAAUCUGAGAGCAGAGGAUUCUGGGAAAUACUGGUGUGCAGAGGAGAGUUCUGGGUCCUUCAUAUUCACUGAAGUUCAGCUACACGUGACCGGAGGCUUUUCUGUGACAGCUGCGGUUUCUGUGGGUUUGAUUCUGCUGGCUGUGUGUUUAGUGCUGGUGUUGUUCAAAAUAAAACACUGCAGCAAACAUGACUUCGUCUCAUCAGACAGAAGAGAGACAGGAGAUCAUGAAGCUGCUCAAGAAGAGAUUCAAGUCUCAGAUCCUGAAUCAACUCAUCUUUACGCCACAGUACGGUCAUCCACAUCCCCCUCUGAUGGGCUCCUGUACGCUGCUGUCCGUUUCCAGAAGCAUGAAGAGUCUCCCAGUGACGCUACA